CCUAUUGCCUCAUGUACUGACCCGAUAGCGUAUGGAAUCCUUCCGUGACCCCGGGCUUGUUCUCGUUCCUCCACGCGGCAGGGUGCCUAUUUGGCGUCUGGUUAUGCUCCUUAUACGUGGAGGGCCAUCUGCAAACUUUCCUCAUUGCCACCCCCGGGACCGUUACGGGUUGGUAUCACGGUGUCAUAGAUACUAUCGUUGGUUGGUGGAACGAUUUCCUGACCUGGGCGGACCCGAAGCUGAGGGCGGUGGUGUUUCUUGCGGCCGGAGACCCCGACGCCGAACACCCCGAGAGGCCAGCGCCGACCCCGUCAGCAUCAACUCCGGCAGCCAAAGCAACGGGCAGGCCACAGCCGAGGAAACACUGGAACCGGAACCGGUAACGAUGAUGUCGACCAUGUCGGACACUCUACCUGCUCCGCGGGCUCUUCUGACGUCUCUAAUCAACUCCUUGGCCUCUCAGCCAGCUCCGCCGGUAGAACAGCAGCAUCAUCAUCAUCAUCAAUCCACAACCUCAACUUCACGACCGAUAAACCCGCAACAACCCACAAACAUCCUCUCCCUCCUUCCGCCGAGCUCGAGGACUCUCCUAACAACUCUACACGUCAUCUACCCAUCUCUCCUGCUGCCAGCUCUAGACCUACUAGACCGGGGUCUCGUGACCCGGGUCCUAGUUCUCGACUCGGACUCUAAGACCACAGCAACAUCUUCGUCGUCAUCUCUGCCCUCAUCCUCACCACCAGCACCAGGCGAAGCAGGGCAGCCGGCCCGCCCCGGCGACGCGCGUGCCAGCACAUUCCACCUCGUGCGCUCGGCACGGCCGCAGCCCGCCCGGCGGGGUCAAAGGCGAGCAGCCGACGCUGUUACCACUAGUAGCACUACUACCCUCGCGGCAGGCAUAACGUACAUGGUGCGCACAUGCGCCUGGAGCUGCGACUGCGCCGCCUUUGCGUUUGCCGCCUUUCCGGCGCGGGAUUCUCCUCCGACGGGGGGAUAUCAUCACCACCACAUCAGCAGCUCACCACGCGACGAUGACGACGCCGACGACAACCUCAGUAGCGGGUUUCCGUCGGGGUUGAGGACGGGCAGCUGGGAGUUCGGCGGUCUCGGCCUCGAUGGGCGCGAGGGGAGCGGCGGCGGCGUCGUCGUCGGGUCUGGCGCGCCGCCUUGUUGUAAGCACCUCCUUGCCUGUGUGCUGGCCGAGCGAUGGGGCGCCGUGAUGGGGGGCUAUGUGCAGGAGAGGAGGGUCGGCAGGGAGGAGGCGGCCGGGUUGAUCGGGAGCUUGUGAAUUUUAUCUUGCAUCGUAUAGGAGUUGGUGACCUUGAGGUGGCCAGCGAGCGGCUUGGGGGGGAGGGGGCACGUUCUACGGAUGGCGUUUUUGUUUUGGUCGAGGCGUAAAACAGGUCGAUACCCUCGUUGCAUUUUAUAGAACAUGGGACCACACGGUGAUUGGGUUUCAAGUAGAGGACGAGGAUAGUACAGUUAGGACAAAGGAGAAAGCGAAUACGAAAAAGACCAUAUGC